AUGAUACAGAAAAUCUAUCUCCCAUUACCAGACAUAUAUAGCACUAAAUUCAUCACACUGCCGAUAGCCAUCCACCCAAGUCCAAUCUACAUCAUCAUCCACCUCCACCACAUCCACCACCUCCCCACCCUAAUCUGGCACUUCACCGAAAGCAACAUCCCAACCUUCGUUCUCCCCAACUCCUUCUUCGGCUUCCUGGGCGCCCUCUCCGGCCCAGCCCUAACCACCCCCCCCACCACCCCCCACCUAUCAACCCUCUUCCCCCGCCUGCCCCUAAUAAUCCUCUUCAACUGGGCCCUAGUCUUCAUCUUCGACCUCUCCAACCAACGCCUCCCGGAAUCCAUCCACGAAGACCACCUCAACAAACCCUGGCGUCCCCUCCCAACGAACCGCAUAACAGCCGACCAAACGCGCCGUCUCCUCAUCACCAUCCCCAUCGUCCUAGGCAUCACCUACACGCUAGGCGUAUGGCAAGAAGCCUGCCCCAUCCUGAUCCUCACCGGGAUGUAUAAUGACCUGAAAGGGGGUGAUGAACUCAUCCGUGAUGGUAUGAUCGCUGUUGCUUAUGGUUUGUAUAAUAUUGCUUCGUUGAAGAUUGCCUGUACCGGGGACGAGGGGGAGAUACAACCCUCUGAGAAGGGAUAUCUCUGGACGAUCGUGAUCAGCGGCGUGAUCCUCACGACGAUGCAGAUUCAGGAUCUGAAGGAUAUGGCGGGGGAUCGCACCCGCGGGAGACAGACGAUUCCGCUGGCGUUCGGGGAGUGGUGGUCCAGGUAG